ACAUCCUGUGAACACAAACUAACAAAACUCUCAUUACAACUCGCACCGCGGAUAAGAAACCUUUGUAGGCUAGGACGCUGUUUAAAAAUCUUGCCACCAUCGGGAACUGUGGUGUCGCCUCGUAGUCAUCAGAGAGAGCUAAAAACCAUAAACACAGCUUACAAUAUGCAUGAGGUUCAGUAACACCUAUAUUCAUCACAAUGUCACGCCUGUUCUUCGAGCUCUUGUUCCUUACUCUCUGCUUGAGCCGGUCGCACUCGAUGAUGAUCAGAAACGACGCGCUCAUCUCCAAGAUGGUGUCAGACUUCCAGAAGGACAACACAAUGGCGUCCAACGCGCCGCGGCCCGAGCAGCCGCCCUCGCAGCCGCAGCCCAAGAACGUGCUCACCCUCAUGCAGAACGUCUUGUGCAAGAACUUCCCCUCCAUUCCCUGUGACAUGAUAGUGGAAGACGAAACGCUCAGGAAACUCAUCGAGAGGUCCAUUCAACAGCUCAAGUACAAGAAGUUAUCCAUGGAGAAAACCACGCCCAUGCCAGGAUACCAUCUAACUUUAUUCCCCACCAUAAACAGCGAAGAUCUGUCAAAUUUUCUUCAGGUUAGCGACACCGGGUACUACACCAAAACAAAGCCAGAAAAAUCCAGAGUCAGAAAACACAAGAAACGGCUCGCGAAGAUUAACCUGGAGCAAACACAGGACGGCGAGACCAAGAAAAAAGGAAAAGGAAAGAAAGAAAGCUCCAGAACAACACUGUACAACGGCCGCAAGAAGAUCAGAAAGUUUUACCCUCACAAGAUAAAGUACAAAGACAAGAUGAAGGGCAGGAAGGAUUUCGGCGACUAUUCGGAAGAAAAGCUGUCGAUGUCCGUGGAGGUGCCCGACAUGAACGUGGGCGGCAGGAAGCGCAUCAACUUCAAGGUGGAGCCCGCGGACCCGCCCGUGUGGCGGAUAGACUACAUGAAGCACGGCGAGCCCAGCCUCAACAUGUUCGGCUACGAGCCCGACCGCCUCAAGGAGAAGCUGGUCAAGUCCGGGCCCAGCGUCAUGGUCUCCGAGAGCAUCCUGGAGCAGGCCUCGCGCAAGGACGUGCUGCACCCCGACGUCUACAUCAAGAAGAACUUCAUCAGGAAAAAUGCUCUGGAAAUGAACUCUGGCGCCAUCGACUAGACCAUCACUGUUCUUGAUUAAACCUUUUAGUUCUAGGGUA